AAGACUUCCUGGAAGAGGUCCCAGCGUGAGUGUCCCUUCUGGCGUCUGUCCUUCUGGCCAGCCUGUGGUCUGGCCACAUGAUGUAACCCCCCUCCAGCCUGUGCACGGGCAGCCUGGGAACGGCUUCAUCCCCACCCCUCAGAUAUAAAUAGGGCCUCGUGACCCGGCCAGGGAAAGAAGCUGCCAUUGUUCUGGGUACUACAGCAGAAGGGUACGCAGAAGCGAGCACCCCAGUCUGAGAUGGCUCCUGCCAGCGUGAGCCUGAGGGCCACCAUCCUCUGCCUCCUGGCCUGGGCUGGCCUGGCCGCAGGUGACCGGGUGUACAUACACCCCUUCCACCUCGUCAUCCACAAUGAGAGUACCUGUGAGCAGCUGGCAAAGGCCAAUGCUGGGAAGCCCAAAGAUCCCACCUUCACACCUGUUCCGAUACAGGCCAAGACGUCCCCUGUGGAUGAAAAGGCCUUGCAGGACCAGCUAGUGCUGGUCGCUGCAAAACUCGACACCGAGGACAAGUUGAGGGCCGCGAUGGUCGGGAUGCUGGCCAACUUCUUGGGCUUCCGCAUAUAUGGCAUGCACAGUGAGCUAUGGGGCGUGGUCCAUGGGGCCACCAUCCUCUCCCCAACGGCUGUCUUUGGCACCCUGGCCUCUCUCUACCUGGGAGCCUUGGACCACACAGCCGACAGGCUACAGGCAAUCCUGGGCGUCCCUUGGAAGGACGAGAACUGCACCUCCCGCCUGGAUGCGCACAAGGUCCUCUCUGCCCUGCAGGCUGUACAGGGCCUGCUGGUGGCCCAGGGCAGGGCUGAUGGCCAGGGCCAGCUGCUGUUGUCCAUGGUGGUGGGCCUAUUCACAGCCCCAGAUCUGCACCUGAAGCAGCCGUUUGUGCAGGGCCUGGCUCUCUAUGCCCCUGUGGUCCUCCCACGCUCUCUGGACUUCACAGACCUGGAAGUCGCUGCUGAGAAGAUUGACAGGUUCAUGCAGGCUGUGACAGGAUGGAAGAUUAGCAGCCCCCUGACGGGAGCCAGUGCGGACAGCACCGUGGUUUUUAACACCUACGUCCAUUUCCAAGGGAAGAUGAAGGACUUCUCCCUGCUGGCUGAGCCCCAGGAGUUCUGGGUGGACAACAGCACCUCAGUGUCUGUCCCCAUGCUGUCUGGCGUGGGCACCUUCCAGCACUGGAGCGACUCCCAGGACAACUUCUCGGUGACUCAAGUGCCCUUCACUGAGAGUGCUUGCUUGCUGCUGAUUCAGCCUCACUAUGCUUCUGACCUGGACAAGGUGGAGGGCCUCACUUUCCAGCAAAACUCCCUCAACUGGAUGAAGAAACUGUCUCCCCGGGCCAUCCGCCUGACCAUGCCCCGACUGGUGCUGCGAGGAUCUUAUGACCUGCAGGACCUGCUUGCCCAGGCUGAGCUGCCCGCCAUUCUGGGCACCGAGCUGAACCUGCAAAAACUGAGCACUGACAACCUCAGGGUGGGGAAGGUGCUGAACAGCAUUUUUUUUGAACUCGAAGCGGCUGAGAGAGAGCCCACAGAGUCUACCCGACAGCUGAACAGGCCUGAGGUCUUGGAGGUGACCCUGGACCACCCAUUCCUGUUUGCUGUGUAUGAUCAAAGCGCCACUGCCCUGCACUUCCUGGGCCGCGUGGCCAACCCAUUGAGCCCAGCAUGAGGCCAGGGCCCCAGAACACAGCGCCUGGCAAGGCCUCUGCCCCUGGCCUUUGAGGCGAAGGCCAGCAGCAGAUAGCAACCCUGGACAAACCAGCGAUUUGUCACCCCCAGUCUCCCACCUUUUCUUCUAAUGAGUCAACUUUGAGCUGAAAAGCAGUCGUUUCUCCUUGGUCUAAGUGGUGCUGCGUGAAGUGAGCAGUAAGAAACCUGUGGCAGCACAAAUGCGCCUCCCAGGUUGCUGGGUUUAUUUUAGAGAAUGGGGGUGGGGAGGCAAGAACCAGUGUUUAGCGCCGGACCACCGUUCCAAAAAGAAUUCCAACCGACCAGCUUGUUUGUGAAACAACAAAGUGUUCCCUUUUCAAGUUGAGAACAAAAAUUGGGUUUUAAAAUUAAAGUAUACAUUUUUGCAUUGCC